AUUUCAGAAAGGGCAGAACCCCUUAGCCUGGGACCUACAGAAGCUUCUCCAGUUUGAACUCUUUGACUGGACUCGGAGAAGUUUUUACCUCCAAGGCAGCAGGUGACAGGACAGAGAGGCAUACAGAGAGAAAUGGAGGCAGUGUCAGAUUUUAUAUUCUUGGGCUUAAAGGUCACUGCAGAUGGCGAUCAUAAUCUUGGACGCUUGCUUCUUGGAGAGAAAACUAUGGCACAUUUGAACAGAAUACAAAAAAGCAGAUAGAGUACCUUGCUGACAAAGGCCCAUACAGUCAAAGAGAAAGAGAGUGAGAGAGAAUUUUCGAUACACAUCAGAACCCCCAAACAAUGUUUUCUGGAGUUUUUUCCUAAUGAAGAGUCUCCAUUUCAUACUACAAGAUUCAGAGUACAACAUUGUCUACAAAGACCAGAAAACCACAUUGAAGAGCUUUGCCAUUCUUUUGUAUCUAAAUGAAGCAGCUAUAAAUUCACAUUUGGGAAUCAUUCAUAGACUUAGGCAUAGGACUUAGAGCUAGAAGAGGCAUUAAAGAUCACCUAUAAAUCAUCUAAUUUUAUGGAUGAAGAAACAGAGGUCCACAGAGAAGAAGAAAAUUUCCCAGGGUCAGCUGGGUAGUAAGUAGCAAACCUGGAAUUCAAAGCGGAUCAUCUCACUGAAAAUUCAGCUUCCUUUCUACUACUGUUAGGUUACUAGGUCUCCAAAAAUGGGUGAUUUCUUCCAUCCUUCCAGAACAUGGGACUCCUUACUCUCUUUCAUCGUAGGCUCAUUCAUUCAUUCAUUCAUUCAUUCAUUCAUUCAUUCAUUCAUUCAUUCAUCCAUCCAUCCCUAAUUGAACGCCUGUUUGGGUGCUUUUAGAAAUAUACAAAAUUCAGGAGAUCAUACAGGUAGCAAGUAAACAGAAACAUGAUUUAAACUCAGUUCUUCUAGACUCCCAAGGCAGCAUUCUUUCCAAUUCACUAAACUGCCUCUAUGACGUACUGUACUGGUAAGAUAAAAAGUAUAUAUUGCAAUACUUGGUAUGGGAGAAAGUUGACUGGAUUUGGAGUCAAGGAUCUUCAGAUUCAAGCUGUACAUUUUGCAUGUGGUGCCACAGACCUGGGUUUGAAUUCAGCUUUUUUACCUUUGUGACAUCGGAGCAAGCAACUUUCAUCUCUCUGUGCCUCCGUUUGCCGAUCAGCAAAGUGAAGGGCCUAUAGGGAGAUCCCUUCGUACUAAACCUGGAAAAAAAAUGCAAUUGUAUCUACCCUUGGCUUUAGCCCUCACUUAUGCUCCUGCCCCCCUCUAGGGGUGUGCAGAUAGGUCACCAGCUGUGACUGAUCUAUACAACCUCUAAGGGUCUUGAAGGUGGUCGGGCUUUUCUGCUGGGCUCCUUUCAGUUUCUUCUGCGAUCCAAGAACCAGGGCACCUCGAACUUCUCCCCACUUCAUUCUUCCUGCUCCCCAGGGAGGCUGGGGUGGGGGGUUGAGGAGGAGGGGGCGUAAGCAACUCUUCCCCCCCCCCCCCACUGCACUGAGGCAUCCCUCGUGCUGCUGCCCAGGUGAGCACACACGUGCCCGCCCGAGCCCACUCAGGUGAGGACAUUCAGCUCUCUCCCCCACUCCGGGUCAAAUGCGCGUGGAGCAGGCAGGGCGGGGGCCAGGACCCUCAGUCUGUCUGGACCAUGGACGGGCACCUGCAGCUCUCGCCGCCUAGCCCUUUACCUUUUCAGUCCACUCCCCGGGCCGAGGUGCUGGAGGAAGUGCUGAGGGAGCAGUUUGGGUCGCGGCCCCAGUUAGCAGCCAUCAGCAGGAUGAAGAGGCAGCCGUCGGGCGCCUACACCUCCACGGAGGACCUGAAGGAGGUGCUGGAGAGGCGGCAGGUGGCCAACGCCAAGGAACGGGAGCGGAUAAAAAAUCUAAAUCGUGGAUUUUCCAAAUUAAAGGCCAUUGUGCCACUCCUUCCCAAAGACAGGAAGCCCAACAAAGUUGACAUUCUUAAAACUGCAACUGAAUAUAUUCGCCUUCUCCGUGAGAUUUUAGAAGAUACCAAAGACUUUGAGGUAAAGGGCCUUCAGGCAGAUUGCUAACUGUUGCUGUAGUCUAAAGACAUCUCUGUGCUGAUGAAACAAACUGCUCAGAACUUGAAAACACACAGUACUAUCUUCAGCUAAGAGAUCAAUGAAAUCUUUUUGUUUAUUUUGAUGCUCUGAUCUAUCAUGUAUCAUAUCAGUAUUGGGGAUUGCAAAAUAUAACCCUUUGACACUUUCCCAGCUUCUGAGACUCUUGUCAUUUAUGAGUUUC